UAUAAUGGUACAGUGUAAAGAAGCAAUCUAUCUACAUCUCUAGUUGUCUGGAUAUUGAUUUCACAACCGACGAUCUUCUUCUUCAUCUUCUUCCCACAAGCGCUCCAAUACAUCACUCUCUCUAACGCAUCGCUGGCAAUUAGCUUUCGUCUGCAUCAGAUCGACUCUUAUCUAUACUCGCAUCAGCAAUCAUUCUCCUCUUGAGAUCUGAGGUUUCUGUGAAUCCUACUGGCUACUGCGACAUAUUUUGUAAUGCUUAUUCUUUCACGCUGAGUUUCGCUCCAUAAAUUACAUUAUAAGACCGCGGAAAUGGCGAUCAAUGGACCUGUAACGCCCGGUCAGGUGUCGUUCCUUCUUGGUGCGGUACCGACGAUUAUAGCUUGGAUUUAUUCGGAGUUCUUGGAAUACAGAAAAAGUCAUCUAUCGUCCAAAAUUCGGUCUGACAUCAAUUUGGUUGAGUUGGGAAAUGAAGCGAUAAAGGAUAAUGAUAGAGCUGUUUUGCUGGAGGGAGGAGGUCUGCAAGUAGGUUCUCCAAAAGCUAGGAGUUCUACUGUUACAUCUCUCAUUAUCAGAUUCUUUUUGUUGGAUGAACCUUUCUUGCUGGAAAACCGAUUGACACUUAGAGCAAUGUCUGAGUUUAUUGGCCUCAUGAUGUACUUUUAUCUAUGUGACCGAACAAAUGCCUUCGGUGAAACGAGAAAGAGCUACAAUCGAGACAUAUUCUUGUUUCUCUACUUCCUUCUAAUCAUAGUUUCAGCAAUUACAUCAUUCAAGACACAUCAUGAUAAGUCACCCAUCACAGGGAAAUCCAUACUUUAUUUGAACAGGCAUCAGACAGAAGAGUGGAAAGGAUGGAUGCAGGUGCUAUUUUUGAUGUACCAUUACUUUGCUGCACUAGAGAUAUAUAAUGCAAUAAGAAUUUUCAUUGCUGGAUAUGUAUGGAUGACUGGAUUUGGAAACUUCUCCUAUUAUUAUGUCCGCAAAGAUUUCAGCAUUGCGAGAUUUGCACAGAUGAUGUGGCGACUUAACUUCUUAGUGUUGUUUGUAUGCAUAGUCCUCAAGAAUAAUUACAUGCUCUAUUACAUAUGCCCCAUGCAUACGCUUUUCACUCUGAUGGUUUACGGGGCUCUUGGUGCAUUUAACAAGUAUAAUGAUGAUGGGAAAGUAAUUGCUGCAAAAUUCGUUGCUUGCUUUUUAGUGGUUAUUCUGAUUUGGGAAGUACCUGGAGUUUUUGAUCUGAUUUGGAGACCAUUCACUUUCCUGGUUGGAUACACUGAUCCUGCGAAACCAGAUUUUCCCAUUUUACACGAGUGGCAUUUCCGUUCUGGCCUUGAUCGUUACAUAUGGAUAAUUGGAAUGAUUUACGCUUAUUAUCAUCCAACAGUUGAACAAUGGAUGGAGAAAUUGGAGGAAUCAGAAGUUAAACGUAGAAUAUCUAUCAAGACUGUUAUUGCGAUUUCUUCAUUAACGGUGGGAUAUUUAUGGUUUGAACACAUAUACAAGCUUCCCAAGGUGUCUUACAAUAAAUAUCAUCCGUACACUUCGUGGAUUCCUAUAACUGUCUACAUAUGCCUGCGAAACUUGACUCAGUACUUCAGAAGCUAUAGUUUAACCCUUUUCGCAUGGCUUGGGAAAAUCACAUUGGAGACCUAUAUAUCACAAAUCCAUAUAUGGUUGAGAUCAGGCGUUCCAGACGGACAGCCAAAAUUGUUGCUGUCAUUUAUACCGGAAUAUCCAAUGUUGAAUUUCAUGUUAACCACCUCCAUAUAUCUUGCAAUUUCUUACAGGCUAUUUGAGUUGACGAAUACUUUGAAGAAUGCAUUUGUACCAAGUAAAGAUAACAAGCGGUUGAUGCACAAUGCUAUUGCUGCUAUUAUAAUCUCAAGCAUAGUAUACACCUUGUCGUUUAUUUUCUUAAAGCUCCCUCAAAUGCUGAUGUAAAAGAGAAUUCAGAUUGUACGACGUUCUUCUAUCUUGUGUCGUGCCCCGAUUGGAGUGUCAUUUGUUAUGGCAUUGUUUCUAAGAAUAGUAAGUGUGAUUUUAUAUAUAGGUACAAAAAGUGGAGUCGGUUUUGUCCUCAAUUAUGUAUUAGUAGUAAGUAAUUUUCAAAUGAUUAUUGUUUAAACAACAGUUCAAUUUAGAAUAUUAAAGAAUGAUUUGAAA